UUGUCCUGUGGCUCUCCCAGCCAAGUGUAUGUGGCUCUCCCAGCCAAGUGUAUGUGGCUCUCAGCUCCUCGGCCAAGUAGUCUGGGCAGCCGCCGCACCGACGACGGAUGACCCCUUGGUUGUUCUCAGCGCGGUGCGGCUGCCGUUUCGGUGUGCCUCGGCGUGUAUGAGGGGCAGCUGUGCUCGCAGAGCGCGGCGCUGGAGAUGAGCCUCCUCUGCGACCAUGGGUGCACACCGCAGGCUUGUAGUCUCUUGUCGACGUAGUGCACAUAGGCUUAUUACGAAUCAGACGGAAAUCCAGGUUUACGGAGAGGAAUUUUUUUUUUCGCGCCCGCGCCCGGGCAGGCAACGCUCAGGUAGCACCAAAGGCGAACGAAACGGCACAGGAAGAAGAGCGAACGGAAAACCAGGACUACAACUCGGACAGCAGCGGCAGCGGCGCGGCCCGGGGGAACGAGUAGUACACGGCGCCGUCGCGGUCGUAGCCGCCCAGCGCGCCCUUGUCCGCGUUCGCCAACUCGUUGGCGUCGACGCCCGUCGCAGCGGCGCCGCUCGCGAGGUCCAGCACGCGCAUGUCCUCGUCGCGCACGGCGUAGGCGAAGAGGUCGGGCGCGUAGCGCCCGAGCGCCGUCUGCGACGCCGCGACGCCGUCGUAGCAGCGCCGCCAGCUCGCCUCGUAGUCGACGCCCUCCAAGCCCUCGACGGCCUGGACGCGCGCGAUGAGCUCGGCGCCGUCCAGGUCCUCGUCGAAGGCGACGCCCUUGGCCGCGAGCGCGUCGAGGGCCGCGAGGACCCAGUCCAGCGGCAGGAACCGGUCCUUCGUGAAGUGGUUCCCCACGCGGUAGAGCUGGAGCUGGCGCGGCAGCAGGGGCGGCAGCAGGUACUGGAGGUGGAGCUGGUACUGCGACGGCGGCGCGUUGAGGCCCGCGACGACGGCCCGCCGCAGCGUCUCGUCGGACGGCCGCGGCGUCCCGUAGACGCCGGCCAUCCAGGCGUCGUCGGCCAGGAACUGGGCCUCGACGGCGGCCCAGGCCGCCGCCUCGAGCCGCCGCAUGAGCGCCGCGCCCCGGGCCGGGUCCGCGAAGAGCCCGGCCGCCGUCGGCACGUGCACGUCCGUCGGGAUGGCGCAGACGUGGCAGCCCGCGAGCACGAGCGGGUCGUCGAAGACCAGCACGUCCUCCGUCUCGAGGCGCGUCGAGGCCCGGAGGGGGAAGCCCGCCCGCGCGAUGCCGUGCGCGAAGCCCAUGAAGACGUUCGGCGUCCGCGACUCGUCGACCGACGCGAGGUCGGCGCCGCAGCCGUUGCACGUCGCGAGCGUGUAGGCGCAGACCUUGCGGCAGUGCCCGCACUGCUUGACGCGGUUGUAGAGCUGCGCCUCGGCCCCGGGGUUCGCCGCGACGAAGUCAUCGACGGAGCCCUCGAAGGCGGCCUUGGCGACGCCGCCGCAGGGCUUCCGCACGCAUCUCAGGGACUGCUUGAUGCCGGCGAGCGCGCAUCGGCCCUCCGUGAAGGCCUCGGCGAGGACACCGGCCAUGGUUUUUGUGGGUAGCGUCGCGCACUGUAGGCUGCGAGGUACCACUGCCCUGAGCUCUCACAAGCUGGGAGCGGAGCACUCUUAGAAGCUGCGCCUUUUUCUCCGCCGCUAGCGUGUGCCGAGGAGCUUUAUGCUCGCAGCGAUGUGCACUGGCACAGGCGCCAAAGACAGCGGCCCCAGACAAGGACUUGCUAGUGCCUUACAG